UUGAUCUAUCUACCAAUCAGAGCCUUGGAUGUUUGCCGUAGUUUAGCGGGUCUCGACUUGACAACAUAGCCAAGUUUACAUGCAGUGUGUGUAAGUGUAGCAGUUCUGAUGGGAUUUAAAUAUUAUAUUGUCUAUGUAUUUUAUUAGUUAACUCAACAAUACACAAAUAUCAACACGAUUUUUGUAGUUUAGUAACGGCUCUCUGUCAGAAUAUGUUAAAAUGCUAACUAGCUGCUAAUGCUAAUAUGAGCUAACUAGGAGCUUUUUUAUUCUGUGCUGAAAAGCGUUUUCUGCGUUUAUUGUCAUCUCCAAGAGCUCCCAAAUAGCAAAACCAUUCAGUACUUAGAUGGCGGUGGCUCCCGCCUCGAUGGCCGAUAAGAUCAUAGUCCUCGACGAUGACGAUGAUGAUACUGACAUAGAGCAGCGACCUCGACCUUCAUCAUCUGAGCUUCGGGUCAAAAAUGUGUCACCACCUAAAAAUCAGCAUCUGGUACAGACCCACAUCACACAGUCACCUUUUACCUCAGCGAAGAAGAAUACAAAAGCUCUGCAGGUCCAGAACCAGAAGCUGUUUGACGAGUUUGUGCAGCACUGCAUUCCUGUCACUGAGAAGUGCCCAGAGGUCCUGACCUUCCUCCAAACUAAACACAGCAAGGCCUGUCCGGACUACCUCUGCUCCGUGGAGUUCAGGAACACUCUGGGUCAAUGUCUGACUCGAGCUCAGGGCAACGUCGGCAAAACAUUCGUCUACAUUAACGAACUGUGCACCGUGCUGAAGCAGCACGCCGUGAAGAAGAGGCAGACCCUCAGCAAGGUGGAGCCCUCUGCUUCUGAAUCAGGAAGUCAUCAGUCUACCUCCGCAUCACUCAAAAGCAAAGAUAAGAGGAAAGGCAGGACAGGGGAGGAGGAAGAUGGUGUUCAGUCAGAGGAAGAGGAGCAGCCUACCACCUCAGGAGAUCCAGGGGAAACCAGAGAAGAAAAUCCAGAAUCUGACAGGAAAGCCAGGAGAGCGCUAAGGAAACAGAUUGCGUACCUGGAGAACCUGUUGAAGCUCUACAAUGAUGAGAUCUACCGGCUGCAGCAGGCGGAGCUCAGCUUAGACGACAUGGAGACGGAGGACUCCACCUACAUCCAGGAGCACAAACUCAAACGGAAGAUGAUGAAGAUUUAUGAAAAGUUGUGCGAACUGAAAGGCUGCAGCUCACUAACAGGCCGAGUGAUUGAACAGAGGAUCAGAUACUCCGGAACCCGCUACCCAGAAAUCAACAAGAGAAUUGAACGCUUCAUCAACAGCCCAGGGACCCACAACAACCCUCCAAAUUACUCAGACAUCCUGCAUCAGGUGGUGCGAGCAAACAAGCGCCACAACCUUUGUUUGAGCGCGGAGCAGCGGGAAGAGGUCGCCCGGGAGGCGUUCACGGAAACGGGAAAACGCGUGCAGGAGCGGCGCCACCUGGACCUGGUUUACAACUUCGGCUCGCGCCUCACAGACACCUACAAGCCUGCGACGGACCCAGCUCUGAUGGACCCGUCUCUGUUGAAGAAGCUGCGCUCCAACAGGGUCGUUGCUUUGUCCCGUCUGGAGGAAGUCAUCGAUAAAUACGCUGUGGAACAGGACAUGGUGGAUAAGGAGAAACUCAGGACGGACAAGGAGAAUCAAAAAGUAGGAGAGAAAUCAAAGACCAAGCAGACAAACGGAGCUGCUCAGGAUGAGGAAGAUGAGGAAGAUGAUGAGGAUGAGGAUGAAUCGUCAGACCCGGACAUAGAGGAGGAGAUCGAGGCCAGCACUCAGCAGCAGGACGCAGACGACGAUGAUGAUAAUGAGGAAGACAACGAUAACGAGGCAGACGAAGCCGGCGACGACGCUGACAACAAGGAGGAUCAAACGUUGGAGGAGACAGGAAGCACAAAGGAUGAAGACGAUCCGACGUCCGAUGAAACUCAGAUCUCCCCGAUGUCUGAUGUCCGGUCGCCUAGAGACAGCCCCAGCCAAUCAGAGUCCAUGCAGAUCGACGAACAGCCGCCGUCGUCCAAUGGGAGCCCAGCGGCUCCGCAGCGGUCCGAGGACUCGUCCAAUCAGGUGUCGGCCGUUCCUGUAACGGAUGAGCCCACAGAUCUCCCAUCAUCCCCUGCAGCAGCAGUAACCAAUGGGAAUCCUUCGCCGGAACAAAAAACCGUCACAGCAGAACAAAGCGACAUGCAGACAACCAACGGCACGACUCCGGUUCCCGACCCGAGAACCACGAGGAGCAAGAAGAGGAAGAGGGAGGAAAUGAUGUCAUCAAACUCCAGAAGCACAAAACAGAAGACGAGUCAUGACAGUGACACAGACAUCCCUCUGGACAUGGGCGUUAUUUGCUGUGGUUCUCCACAGAAGGAGGAAUCGUCUGUUCUCGACACGCCCACUAAGAACCCGACCGUCAGCGUUCAGUCGACGCCGCCGCCCAAGAAGAACAAGGUUAACGUUGCGACUCAGUGCGACCCAGACGAGAUCAUUGUCCUGUCGGACUCGGACUGAAAACAGGAACACGUCGAUUUUCCAACGGCCUUCCUGAAAAUAGGAUGACCUCUGACCCUGGAGAACUGGAACAAGAUGAUCAGGGCGCAGUUUCUGUUUUCUGCCAGCAGGGGGCGCUCUCUGAUGGGUUUUCACUGCAGACCUCCAGAUGAUGCUUUGGUGAAGAAGACAUUUUAGUUUCAGUUUCUGCAGGUGGGAACUGGUGUCUGAGGGUGAUGAAGAGGAGGAUGAUGAUGAGCUGAACGGUCGGCCAUGUUGAGUUUUCCUCCUAGAAGGAGCUCAGUUCAGGGAGCAGCUCGUCUGUUUACAUUUUCUACGUUAUCUCGGCAGACAGCAGGCGGGUUUGGGUUUCUAUAAACAGGGUUUCUGAUAUAUUUCCGAUUUCCUGUUUGUGCUGCUGGAGGCGACGAACUGCGAGGUGAUUGGUCAGAAGUUUGACGCAGCAGCAGAAAUACGUAACGGCCUCAUGUUUCCUUUUCCUAUCGGCCCCUAAAAGCAGAUUUUACCUGAAAACUCGCCAUAAAAUACUGAAACAGUCAAAUUUCCCUUUUGUUUUUCAUCAGAUAUUUCCUUUCCAUUUUUAAGUUGCUGUAGAUUUCACUUUGUCUGAUUGUUUCAUAAAAAUUAUAUUUACUAACAUAAAGGGAUAUUCUCAAAUUGA